GGUGCAAGUGCAGGUAUUGGCUCCUAUACUGCUGAGGCAUUGUAUAGACAGGGAGCUACAGUUUAUAUGGCUUGUAGGAAUGAAGAAAAGACACAAAAGGUAAUUUCACAAAUUAAGAAAAAGAAAGUAAACUAUGAGGGAGGAUCUUUGAAUUUCAUUAAAUUGGAUUUCAAUAAUUUGGAAAGUGUUAGAGAAUGUGCUAGGGAAUUUUUACACGGUGGUUUAGUAUUGGAUGUUCUUAUCAAUAAUGCAGGAUGUGCUGUAGGAGGGGAAAGGUAUUCAGUUCAAGGAUAUGAGGAGAUGUUUCAAUCGAAUGUAUUGGGUCAUCAUUUGUUGGUUGACUUGUUGUGGAAUAAUAUGAAUGGUAAUCCUAAUGGAGCUAGAAUUGUGAUUGUUUCCUCAUAUGCUCACAUGUUUAUUAAGGAUUAUGAGUUUUAUAAUACUGAGAAGAAGGUUCAUACAUUGAUGAAUCGUAAUAAGCAAUAUGGUUUUACCAAGUUGUGUAAUAUUUAUCAAACCUAUUACUUUAAUGAACGUAUCAAGAAUACUCCAAAUUGCAAAGUUACUGUAAAUGCUUGCCAUCCAGGAGCUAUCAAAUCAGAAUUAUCGAGAGAGGUUCCUUAUGGUCUCCAAUCUUUGAUUUCAUUGAUUCAAUAUUUUUUCUUUGUAGAUUUGGAAAUUGGUAGUCAAAACACCCUCCAUUUGGCUUGUUCUAAAGAUGUUUCUGGAAUUUCUGGUAAAUUCUUUGAUCAAUGUGCAGUUAAAGAACCAUUGCCAAUUACCAAAAAUAAGGAGCUAUAUAAUGAAUUGGUUGACUUGUGCGAGAAGGUUUGUUCAUCAUACUCUCUCUAA